AUGGAAAGGUCGGUUCAGAAAGGCCUCCGCGUUGGCAUUGUUGACAAGAGCCUAGUCCCUGGCGUCUCGCAAGCUUGCGACAUUCCCGGCCCUUUUGUUGCCUCUUUCUCCGUCCUGUGGCAGAUCUGGCAUACCUUCAAGGGCCACACAGAAGAGGCUACAAUCGCGCUUCACAAAAAGCACGGCAAAUUCGUCAGGAUCAGUCACAAAGAAGUCAGCGUCAGCCAUCCCGAUGCAAUUCGGGCGGUGCUCGUGGCUCCGCUGCGUAAAGGGGAUUGGUAUCAAAUUUUCAGUCUUCCAGAUUCCCGCUAUGUCAAUCAAAUGUCCGAAGUAGACCCCAAACGCCACAUCGCAAAGACCAAGAACGUUGCCUCGGGCUACGCGUUCUCAAACGUGAUCACCGCUGAGCCUUACGUGGAUGACGCACUGCGCCUGCUGGAAGAGCAGUUGGCCAAGUUAUCAAAGUCUGGCCAAGACGUUCAUUUCGAUCACUGGUUCAACUACUUCGGCUUCGAUGUUCUUGGGGAGGUUACCUUCUCACGGCGUUUUGGUUUCCUCGAGGAAGGGAAGGAUAUAGGGGGCGCCAUUGCGAACACACGCGUUCUCGGCAUAUACGUCAGCGUUAUUGGCCACUUUUACUGGCUUCACGACUGGCUGUUGGCCAAUCCUAUUAUUGGAUGGCUUAACCUGCAGCCGUCGAUGCAUAUCUUUGAGACCUGCUUGGCCGCCCUUGAUGCUCGCUCCAAGAGCGACACUGUGCGGAAAGACAUGCUGGAACAAUGGAAGGAGACGCGAAGGAAACACCCAGAUCGCAUGGAGGAGAAAGAGAUCCUAGCUGCCGCGGUGGCGAAUAUAGGAGCCGGAGCCGAUACGAUCAGCGCAACGUUACAGGCUUUCUUCUAUUACCUGCUUCAGGACCAGCGAGCGUGGACUCGUGUGCGCGCCGAAGUCGACGAGGCUCACAGCCGUGGCGAGCUGUCAGCCAUCGUGUCACAUGCGGAGGCCCAGAAGUUGCCGUACCUCCAAGCUUGCAUCAAAGAGACGCUUCGCUACCAGACGCCUGUCGCAUUCGGCCUUCCCCGCGUAGUCCCAAAGGAAGGCGUGACCGUUGCAGAUCGACACUUCAAAGAAGGCAUCAUCCUCAGCGUAAACCCUUGGGUCAUCCACCGCGACCCUUCUCUUUUUGGCUCCGACGCCAAUGAGUUCAAUCCGGACAGGUGGAUGGACGUCGAGCGCGCUAAAGAGAUGAACAAAUAUAUGAUUCCCUUCGGUGCCGGCUACAACCAAUGUCCCGGCCGCCAUCUCGCUCACCUAGAAGUGUCGAAAGUGUCUGCAACCCUCAUUCGGGAUUUUGAUAUCGAACGUACAAACCCGAAGGAGCCGUGGAGGUUCGAGUCACACUUUACCGCGGUGCCAAAUGCUGGGGCGAAAACCAAGACCUGGACCCCACCUACGCCAUCGACGAGCGGUUCGUCCACUACGACGCCUACUACAACAGGCACCAUGUCCUUCGCGCACCGCAACGCGGCCGCAGAACACGACUGCCCGGACUGGACCUACCCGGCGGAAGAGUACGCCGUGCUCGCGAUCGGCGCCAUGUGUCUUCCCCGCCGACGCGGCGCUGAACCGCACCGUCGUGGACACGCGAACCCGUUAUUCUUCUCGCUGUGGAUGGAGGAGCCCUCUGGCACUUCGCCCGCGAACUUCCACGCCGAGUUCACGUCCAGCAACUCCGCGCUCGUGUGGAGCCAGAUGUGGAACGUGGGCGCGACGAAGAGCGAGGACGGCUUCGCGCUCGCGGGGGGCCUACGUCUCGCGUGA